AUGCCGCCACUGCUGCUACCGCUGCUGUGGGCGGGGUCCCUGGCUCUGGGUCCGAAUUAGUGGCUGAAAGCACGGCGGUCUGUGUCGGUGCAGGAGGGCUUGUGUGUCUGCGUGCCCUGCUCCGUCUACUAUCCCAGCGACUUCCACAAUGGUUCUACCCUUGUUCACGACUUCUGGUUCCGGGAAGGGGCCAAAAUGUUCGUGGAUGCCCCUGUGGCCACAAACAAAUUAGAUCGUGAAGUUCAGGAAGAGACCCAGGGCCGAUUCCACCUCCUCGGGGACCCCAGGGACAACAACUGCUCCCUGGAGAUCAGAGACGCCAGGAAGAGUGACAGAGGUUCCUAUUUUUUUCGUGUGGAAAGAGGAAGGAUGAAAUGGAGUUACGUGUCUCAACUGUUCUUCUUGAAUGUGACAGCCCUCACCCACCAGCCCCACGUCCGCAGCCCAGGGGCCCUUGAGCCCGGCCGUCAGGGGAACCUGACAUGCUCUGUGCCCUGGGCCUGUGAGCGGGCCACGCCGCCCACCUUCUCCUGGAUAUCAGCUGCCCCCACUUGA